UUGUUCUCCAGGGCGUUCAACAACAACGGGACGACUGGCGUGCACUGCCGGCCAUAGAUAGCACGGUCUAGAGCAUGGAUCCUUGCUACCGAGCAGGCCACCACCAAUAGAGCGCGAUAAAUACGAACAUGCGCUGGUCCGAUCAGGGUUGUGACGAUUCCCGUCUGAGCUGGGCCAUUAAUAUUGAUUGACACUCAACCAGCACCCACCAAGCAGAGCCUCUUCGGCGUUCCACCCAAACCUGUGUACGCGGGGUUCUAGUACAUACAUGUAAUGUGCGUACAUAUAUAAAUUCGCCUGCGCUCGUGCUGUGGCCGAGGACGUCGGUCUUCCCCAAAUAUCGAUCGUUUCCACAUUCGUGCCAGACACCAGGAGAGCAAUUUGUAGCUUUAUUUUGCUGGAAAGCAGAGAUCAAGAAAUUGUUCCUACCAAAAUGCUUACAAGUAUUAUGAUAGCCGUCGACUUCGGGACGACGUAUUCUGGCCUUGCGUUCAGUGACCCGUCCCAGCGAACCGACGCUGCUAUCCCUAUCACCGACUGGGGUCGAGGAGUAAGCAGUCAAAAAGUUCCAACUGAAAUCCGCUUCGACGGCCCAGGAAACGAACAAUUCAAAUGGGGUUUCCAGAUCAAACAUGGACAGGAGAGACAUAUCUGGUUCAAACUGGACCUGGAUCCAGACAAUUCCCGAGUCGGCAGAUUGACUCAACUCUCAAGGACACUAAAGGACCUCUUCGUGUCUCCCCCUGAAUAUCAGCGCACUACAGAAGAUAUCGUAACCGCAUACCUGACAGGUCUGCGCAGGCAUGCCGUCGCUCACUUGGAGAAACUCUACGGCUCAGCCGUGAUGAAGGAUUGCCAGCUGGAUUGGAUCAUCACUGUCCCUGCUGUCUGGUCCGAUCUUGCCAAGAAGAAGACGCGAACUGCUGCGAUGAGAGCCGGUAUGGGCGACACCACAUCUCUUCAGAUGACGUCGGAGCCCGAGGCGGCUGCUGUUUAUGCACUUAAAGCGCUAGAUCCACACCACAUCAAGGUUGGGGAGAGCGUGGUAAUCUGUGAUGCUGGUGGAGGGACUGUGGACUUGAUUACGUACAAGAUGAAAUCUGUGGAUUACCCAUAUGAGGUGGAGGAGACUGCUAUUGGCGGAGGUAGCCAGUGCGGGAGUACAUUUCUGAACCGGAAGUUCGAGGAGGUCCUAAUGAGAAAACUCAACGGAAAGCCUAUCUCCAAAAAUGCGAAGGCGAUGGCAAUGAGCCAUUUUGAAAAGGAGACAAAACGCAAUUUUGGAACAGAGGAUGAAGACGAAGAUGAAGAAGAUAUUGAAUUCCAGAUUCCCAUUCCCGGAGUCGAAGACGAUCCCAGCGUCGGAAUCUGUGCUGGAUUCUUGGAGAUGACCUACACCGAAAUGAAAGAUGUAUUCCGGCCGGUGAUAGAAGAAGUACUUGCAUUGCUAAACGAUCAAAUCAAAGCAGCGUCCAAACAGGGUCCCAUCAGCGCAGUUAUCCUUGUUGGCGGCUUUGGGGAAAGUACUUAUCUCUACCGCCAAAUCAAACAGGCUGUUUCACCUAUUCCAAUUCUACAGCCGCCUAAUGGAGUUUGGGACAAGUACGAGGGCCUUUAUAAGCAUUCCGAGUGCAUGCAGUGGUGUAUCAAACGGGGCGACAAAGUCCAAGAAAACACCCCAAAAUCCUUCCCUCUGUACCGCGCCGUCCCUCUCGAUGAUCCCCUGGUAUUCUCGAGCUCGAUAUACUAUUCUCCGCUAGAUGGAUCGAGCGCACCGGUCUACUUGAAUCAAGACUGCCGCGAACAUUGCGUCUUAAACUACAACCUUUCCUCGAUCCCGCGCUCGAAAUUCAAGCGUAAGCAGGGAAACCACGGCGAGGACUACUACGAGGUCGAGUAUUCGAUUGGCGUCACUUAUUUUUCCGCAGAGAUGAGAUUUGAACUGGUCUGUCAAGGAGAGAAAUACGGUAGCGUCACCGCGAAGUGGCUCGAGUGA